CUGGAAGUCGGCAGAAACAACUUCUGAGACACAGCAGAACGAGCAAGGAAUACAACUCCAAAACGAUAUUCGGAUUAUACUUUGAACAGCACACUUGACUGGAUUUUAAUAUUUCCGAGCUCUUCCGGAACUUGUGGAUUACUAUUAUUUGAAGCAAAAUGACCCUGGAAGAAGUCGUUGGAUGCAACAUCACUGAUAAAAAAAUGGACACCGUGAGCCAAGCAUUGGAAGAGCUGCUGGUAGCAGCACAGAGACAGGACUGUCUUACAGUCGGCGUUUAUGAGUCUGCAAAACUAAUGAAUGUAGACCCAGAUUGUGUCGUGCUCUGCGUUCUGGCCACCGAUGAGGAGGACCAGGACGAUAUUGCGCUGCAGAUUCACUUCACGCUCCUUCAGGCGUUCUGCUGCGACAACGACAUCAACAUCCUGCGGGUGUCUGGGCUGAGACGCCUCGCACAGGUGCUCGGCGAGCCGACCACCGUGGAUAACAGCGAGCCAAGGGAUUUCCACUGCAUCCUUGUCACUAACUCUCAAUGCCAACCACUCAAAUGCCAGGCACUGAAGGACGUGGGCAACUACUGUGAAGAGAGCCGCUGCAAAAACCAAUGGAUUCCAUAUCUGUCCCUGCAAGAGCGCUGAACGAGUUGCGAUGCUUCUGAAGCAAUGAAGGAUGAAAGAGUCAUUCUCUGCGAAUGAAAGCAAAAGGGCUCUGCACCAGCCGCCGUUGACUGCUGCGUCAUGUGAAGGGGCUGUGAGAGAGAAAGUGGAGCUCUUGGAACUGUGCGCACGGACCGGUAGAUUCCACCCUGCAACCUCCAGCUUGUCGUGUCCUCCGUGGGGGAAAGAAGUGGUCGUUUUGGUAGCGGAGGAACAAGUUGUGGGAACAUGAACUGUGAAAGGCUGCCUGUCGGCGCAAGCUGUGCCAGAGCACUUGCACGCGGGCGGCGUGGGCGCGCGCGCGCGCCCCCGGCUUCAUAUGUGCAAUGGGUUGGAAAACGAUGAGUGUGCGUCACAAUCGCUGACUGCGGGACGAACAUUUUGAAAUGCUGAGUGAAUGAUCUGUGUAUGUGCCGGACUCUAGAAACUAUGAACUGCAGUAGCAUUGAUGCCAAGCUACAAAUGGACUGCAAUCGCUUCUGUUAGACUGCACUGGCAAGGACAGUGUUUGUGGAACAAAAUGAACUCUAUUGAGUUAUUGAGAAAUGCAUACUAUGAAUAGAUGUAAGUUAUUUCCAGUAAUUUAAAUAGAGUAAUAUAUGCAUUGCUAUUGUUGUCAAAUGCAAUAUUGUUUCAAUAAAUUAUUGACUGAGAAUUGUA